AUGCACUCAACAGAUAAUCAACUACCAUCGGCUCCACCACCAUCUUACGAGUCUGUCGUUAAUGACAAUCGAUAUGCAUAUCACUCAAAUCAAUAUUCAGAAUCAUAUGAAGAACGUAUACCUGGUUUAGAUCGAUUUAUCAGACGUUAUGAAAUUAGUCCAAGUUUUGCAGAACGAUUGAUUCAACUUAAAGGUUAUGAAAUCGUUUUUAUUUGUGAUGAUUCAGGUUCAAUGAAUACACCACUAGAUGAAGGUUCAAAUUCAUCUCACACAAAAAAAACACGCUGGGACGAAUUGAAACAAAUCGUAUCAACGGUUGUUGAUCUAGCCAGUAUUUUUGAUACAGAUGGUGUUGAUGUCUAUUUUUUAAAUCGUGAACCAAUGUUUCAUGUAAAAAAUUCAUCACAACUAGAGAAUAUCUUUGCUAUGGAGCCAGAAGGUUCAACGCCUAUUGUACCUGUUCUUCGACAAGUUCUCAACGACAAACGAAAUCAUGUUUAUGAACGUAACUUACUCAUACUUCUGGCUACUGAUGGUGUGCCAACAGAUGAAUAUGAACGUCCAGAUGUUCGUACACUUGAACAUGUUCUUAAAAAUGAACGGACGCCUAUCAAUCGAAUUCCAGUCACGAUUAUUGCAUGCACAGAUGAUGAUAAAUGUAUGGAAUAUUUGAAUGAUUGGGAUAAAAAAAUUCCAAAUCUUGAUGUUGUCGACGACUAUGUAAAUGAAAAAAAACAAAUUCAAGCCUGUCAAGGUAGAGAUUUUCCAUUCGGU